UGCCCAGCGCCGCAGGCGGCUGGGGAGGGAGGUGCGGGAGACGACGCGGAGACGCAGGGGCGGCGGCGCCAAGGUGAUAAGCUGCGCACCUGGAAAGUUACCCGGCUGUCUGGUCCUUGAGCAAAAUGGGAAAUGGUUCAGUGAAACCCAAACAUUCUAAGCAUCCAGAUGGCCACUCCGGGAACCUCACCACCCAUGCGCUGCGGAGCAAGGUGACAGAGCUGGAGAGGGAGCUGAGGAGGAAGGAUGCUGAGAUCCAGGAGCGGGAAUACCAUUUGAAGGAGCUGCGGGAACAGCUGUCGAAGCAGACCGUGGCCAUUGCUGAGCUCACGGAGGAGCUCCAGAGCAAGUGCAUCCAGCUGAACAAGCUUCAGGAUGUGGUGCAUAUGCAGGGAGGAAGCCCACUUCAGGCCUCUCCAGAUAAAGUGCCUCUUGAGGUCCACCGGAAGGCCUCGGGAUUGGUCUCCCUCCAUAGCCGGAGGGGAGCAAAAGCAGGGGUGUCUGCUGAACCCACCACCCGAACCUAUGACCUCAAUAAACCCCCUGAAUUUUCUUUUGAGAAAGCAAGGGUCAGAAAGGACUCCAGCGAGAAGAAGCUCAUUACAGAUGCCCUUAAUAGAAAUCAGUUUCUGAAGAGACUGGAUCCUCAGCAGAUCAAAGACAUGGUGGAAUGCAUGUAUGGUAGAAACUACCAGCAAGGGAGUUACAUCAUUAAGCAAGGAGAACCAGGAAACCAUAUCUUUGUGCUAGCAGAGGGUCGACUAGAGGUGUUCCAAGGGGAGAGAUUGCUGUCAUCCAUCCCUAUGUGGACCACGUUUGGGGAGCUAGCCAUUUUAUACAACUGUACAAGAACUGCCUCUGUGAAAGCUAUUACCAAUGUUAAAACUUGGGCACUAGAUCGAGAGGUAUUCCAGAAUAUAAUGAGAAGGACAGCUCAAGCUAGAGAUGAACAGUACAGAAACUUCCUCAGAAGUGUAUCCUUGCUGAAGAAUUUACCUGAAGAUAAAUUAACCAAGAUCAUUGACUGCUUGGAAGUGGAAUACUAUGACAAAGGAGAUUACAUUAUUAGAGAGGGCGAGGAAGGAAGUACCUUCUUCAUUUUAGCAAAAGGAAAGGUAAAAGUCACCCAGAGCACAGAGGGCCACGAUCAGCCACAACUGAUAAAAACACUGCAGAAAGGAGAAUACUUUGGAGAAAAAGCUCUUAUCAGUGAGGAUGUCAGAUCAGCUAACAUCAUCGCCGAAGAAAAUGAUGUCGCAUGCCUGGUUAUAGAUCGAGAGACAUUCAACCAAACAGUCGGGACUUUUGAAGAACUCCAAAAAUACCUUGCAGGGUAUGUGGCAAACCUAAACCGUGAUGACGAGAAAAGACAUGCGAAGAGAUCCAUGUCUAACUGGAAGCUGUCCAAAGCACUCUCUCUGGAGAUGAUUCAGCUGAAGGAGAAGGUGGCCAGAUUUUCCUCAUCAUCCCCAUUCCAGAACCUUGAGAUUAUUGCAACACUGGGCGUUGGUGGGUUCGGAAGAGUUGAGCUUGUUAAAGUGAAAAAUGAGAACGUGGCUUUUGCUAUGAAGUGUAUAAGGAAGAAGCACAUCGUUGACACUAAGCAACAGGAGCACGUUUACUCAGAAAAGAGGAUUCUAGAAGAGUUGUGUUCUCCCUUCAUCGUGAAAUUAUAUCGUACUUUCAAGGACAAUAAGUAUGUGUACAUGCUUCUGGAGGCCUGCUUAGGUGGGGAGCUAUGGAGUAUAUUAAGGGACAGAGGCAGCUUUGAUGAGCCCACCUCCAAGUUCUGCGUGGCUUGUGUGACAGAAGCAUUUGAUUACCUGCACCGACUAGGUAUUAUCUACAGAGACCUGAAACCAGAAAACUUAAUUCUAGAUGCUGAGGGUUAUCUUAAAUUGGUUGACUUUGGAUUUGCUAAGAAAAUAGGAUCUGGACAGAAAACGUGGACAUUCUGUGGAACUCCAGAGUAUGUAGCUCCUGAAGUCAUUCUCAACAAAGGACAUGACUUCAGUGUGGAUUUUUGGUCCCUGGGAAUUCUAGUGUAUGAGCUCCUCACUGGCAACCCUCCCUUUUCCGGGAUUGACCAAAUGAUGACCUACAAUUUGAUUCUCAAAGGAAUUGAAAAAAUGGAUUUUCCCAGAAAGAUAACAAGAAGGCCUGAGGAUUUGAUUCGCAGGCUUUGCAGGCAAAAUCCAACGGAGAGACUUGGAAAUCUGAAGAAUGGAAUCAAUGACAUUAAGAGACACAGGUGGUUAAAUGGUUUUAAUUGGGAGGGACUGAAAGCACGGAACCUUCCAUCACCUUUACAAAGAGAGCUCAGUGGACCCACAGACCACAGCUACUUUGACAAGUAUCCCCCUGAAAAGGGUGUGCCUCCAGAUGAACUGUCAGGCUGGGAUAAAGACUUCUGACAGAAGAAAAGAUGAUUACUGCCGAUACAUACAGAAGAAGAGUGUAAGGACCAAUAACCCAGUAGUGAUCAUUUCUCUCUUUGGAGUAUUAUCAUAUCUUUUGGAAGACCAUUAGGGAAGAGGAAUCCCUGGCCAUGAGCUGGGUGGACGAUGUGGCUAUGAAGGUGGUUCUGAAUUAUAAUGUCUCAUUUAGAUGCUGUGAAUUAUUCAUGUAUUCUAUUCUUCGCUUUUCUCAAAUGCUGAAGGCUAUCCUAUUCCCCUCUCCACAGUCUGAACCAGUUGUGCUGAUGGGGCACGAUUUUCUCUGCAAUCUGUUGCUCCAUCCCAAUCAUACUUGUCUCCUUUGAAUCCUAAUAAGGUUUAAAAAGUGUCUUGCCUUUGAGCAACUAAGUCACGCAAAUGGAAGGAAGAACAGGGGUGAGCUUUAGAAGGCUUCCCCUGUGACAGCAAUUCCAUGUAAGCAUUACGGCAUCUCAAAGUCGUGGUUUGCAGAAAUCUUUGUAGUCCAUACAAGCUCUUGAUUUUCACCUGCAUUCCACCUAAAAACAUGUUAACAUGUUUCUGGUGCUGGUCUGGGAAAGGCAAGUUUAAGUAUUAGUGGUACCACUUCCUAACAUAAAUGAGUUAAUUCAUCCAGCCAGUAAUUAUAUUCCAUUGGGGAACUUGGAAAAAAUAAAGCAAAAAAUAUUUUUCAUUCUCCUGUGACCAGCUGUGAUACCUCAGAGGCUUUUCAAAAGCCUUGUUAAAAGUAGUUAUAAUGUGUGAUCAGGUGAUGGGCCUUGGAAAGGUUUUAUCUUAUAUGCUAAAUAUUUUCCCAAUCAAAGUAGAAAACGCACAGGCACAAAAUCGUGAAGGCUUUUUCUUCUCAUUAAAUAUGGAGGAGAAUAAUUUCUAAUGGGUCAGGUUGCUGACUCUGAAACCCUGAGAUAUUUUGGCCAGUUCUAUGAAUGUUGCUGUUAAUCAAUCAAGAGUAUAGAAUAACCACAGUUAAUUUUUAAUGAAAGUCCCAUUGACUAAUGUUGAUGCACUGUAAUCACUGUUGCAUCAAUAACUUUUUAAGGAGAUUUGAGUCAUGGAUGUGUUUAUAAUUUUAGAUUUUUGAGGUAGGCAAGCACCUCGGGAAGUCAUAGGACUUAAGUAAAAGGGACAUCCAGGAUGUGCCCUUCUGUCUUCUCACAACCUUCCAGAUGAUGAAUAGACUAGUUUCAAUGGCAUUGGAUGCCAGUGCCUAAGAAGUUUACUAGAGAAUGUUUUUAUGUAUCGACCAAAAUCCUACCAAAUGGAUGGGAAGCAGACUUUCUCUGUAUCUUUUUGAUCUGGCAGAGUAAAAAUAACAUCUAAGUUCCUGCAUUAUUCAAGCUUCUGGUUAUAUUUUCACAUGCUAAUGUUCUAUGGGAAAAGCAACCUCUACCCACUCUCCACCCAUAUUUUCAGCAUUCAGAAAGAGUCAGCUAUAUGCUUCCUGAAAAGUCAAACCAGUUAAGUGAGGCUCAACCCAAGAAGGUGCAUCCUUAACAAACUGAAUUUCCACAUUUAGAGAAUCCUUUUGCUGAACCAAAGAAUUUUUGUUUCCUGGAGUAGUAUUUUUAAAGAUUAUGUAUUGUACAUAGACAAAGCAUUUUUAAUAGGAUCAACAUAACCUGCUUAAUGAAUUUCUAAGAUUUUUAAGAGAUUUUUAUUUGCAUUCGGUUUGUAAGCAUUGUAUGUUUUUCAUGUAUAUAUUUUUAAAUUGCCCACCUAUAAAUGUAGAAAAUUUAUGCAUUGGAUGGAUAUUAGAAUUAUAUAGUUAUAAUAAUAGUUAAUAUUCUUAAAGGAGAUCAAUAGUUGUAAUUCAAAAAAGACUUACAUACAUACAAUAAAAACCAACUGAGAGUACUACA